CAAACUUUCACAUCUUGAGUUGACAUUUGCCUGAUUGAUUUCAUGAUUUGAUUUGAUUGUUUUCUGUAGUUUCUAAUGGUAUAAAUAUCAAUUCUCUGUCGAGAAGAAAACUGCUGUCUUUGAUAGAAAUACAAAAGCGAGAAACUUACCCUAAUUGACACUUCUACCGUAAAUACAUGAUUGAUUUUACUAAGUGUUUUGUUGUGAAGUAGGUCCAUCCUGUGUAUUGAAAGAGUGUAAACAUGUUUGCAAUGACACCGGAAUUUUUCCAAUUUAUGAAGAAGUUAGAAGAGAACGGGGAUAAGCUCACUUGUACUCCCCCAAGUGAACCACCCCUUGACUUUGAAUUUGAUAAUUCUACAUGUCACGUCUGCAAUGGGUACUAUGGGCCCAGCUUUGGGGAGCCAGUCUGCGUCACUUGUCAUGCUUUUCUUUUCCCAGACUUUCCGUCGUAUUUACCUUCGUCAUACUUUUAUAGCGAGAAAACGGAUGACGGUGACUCGGGCAACGACGAGCCUUCGGAUUUAAACUAUAGUUCUGAACGUAAAGUUAACAGAGCCUGCACUGUGCCAUCUUGGUGGUAUUAUAGAAGCUCACUGGACAGUGAGACUAGUCCAGAGGAUGAAGCAAGUCGAGCUAGCAAUUCUGGCGCCGGCGCAAGUAGUAGUGGCAACUGCAGCGGGGUGGGAGGUAACGGCGGCGCGGGGAGGGGUGAUGGACGUAUGUGGCCGGAAGGGCCAUCGCGGCCUGAUGCGGCACGGAGUGAUGGGCCACCUCGAAAUGAUGGGGCGCCUCGAAAUGAUGGGCCGCCUCGAAAUGAUGGGCCGCCGCGAAAUGACAUGCCCCCACGCAAUGAUGGACCUUCUCGGAAUGAUGGGCCACCUUACGCUGAUCCAGGUCGUGCUGAAGGAACGUCGGCUAGCGCUGGUCGCGCUAGUGACCCGCCAGUUCGCGAUGACACUGCCGGGCUAGGCCCACCUCCACAGCCGCCUUGCCUUGCGCGCUCAUUACAAGCUCUUUCUACACCAAGACCACCGGAUAAUUUAGCGCCGGGACUUGUGGAGCAAUUGCCAUCUGAAGUACUCCUGUGCAUCUUCAGCUACCUGGACGACCUGUCCCUGUGCGCGUGCGCAUGUGUGUGUGGGCGAUGGUGGCGCCUGGUCCGCGCGCGCGUGUCCCCGCCGCGGUGGGCUGCCUUCACCCACAAGAGAUUCCCGCUGUACCGCCCGCUGCUUGCAAACAUCGACUGGCACAAGAAAUACCAGUGCUUGGUGGAGUCGUGUUUCUGCCGCAACUGCUUGGUACAGAUGUGUGUGCAGGCGCAACCUGCCGGGGAAGAGAACGCGUGGCGCCGGAACCGACUGAGGAUUGAACUUAAGAUGCUGCGAAACGAUCCCCCUGAAGGUAUAGCGGCGACCCCGUUGGACCCCAAGUGCUGUCACUGGCAGGCCAGUGUCACCGGCCCAAUAGGAUCCCCCUACGAGGGAGGGGUUUUUUAUCUCUACAUACAAGUGCCAUAUGCGUACCCAAUGAGUCCGCCAGUGGUUCGGUUCCUGACCCGCAUCCUGCACCCGAACAUCUCCCGGCACGGCGACGUGGGCAUAGACUCGGUGCACCACAACUGGUCGCUGGCGCUGACCAUCAGUAAGGUGCUCAUCUCUAUACAGAGCCUGCUCACUGACCCUUACACUGCGGUCUGCAUGGAACCAGAGUUAGGAGAAAUGUAUGUACGGGACAGACCUCGUUUUGAAGCUCUCGCAAGAAACUGGACGUGGAGAUAUGCCAUGCACGACAUCCUGUCAUACUGAAUAAGCUUUUGU